UCUUGGUGGCGCUAUACAUUGUCAACAACGCCAGCACAGCAGCAGAAAACACGCCAACUACGUACCGGACCGGUUGAUGCUGAAAACAACAGAAGUUCAUCAUGUCUGUUUCCUACCAAAGAAAACAUGGACAAACAGGAGAAAGUCGACAAUCAGAGGCACCAGAACUGUACAGUAUAUUCGAUGGAGAGGUGGUCUCCAUACAGUCAUAUGGUGCUUUUGUGAACAUUCCUGGAUUUCACAAAAACGGCCUGGUUCAUAAAACACAGAUUUCGUCAGCUAGAGUUGAGGAUGUUUCCGAGGUUCUGGCACUUGGUGAUCGUGUCUUCUGCAAAGUCAUCUCUCUUGGGGAGGAUGAUAAUUCCAAGAUUUCUUUGUCCAUGAAAUUUGUGGACCAAGGUCAGGGCAAGGACUUGGAUCCUAACCUGGUCCAGAUGAAACAGGAAGAGCAAAGAAGGAAGAAAGGUCGAACCUUCGUACAGCCAAAGAUUGAACUCGGAGCUGUCUUCAACACUGUUUGCAAAAAAUGUGGAACUAAAGGACAUUUGGCUAAGGACUGCUUCCAGAUGCCAGGUACCAAAACCUAUGAUCUUUUGCCAGAUGAAGAUGAUGCUGUUUUGCAGCUAGGUGCCAAGGAAAUACCCACAUUGUCACCUCCGAAAAAGAAGAAAAAGAAAAAGGAAAAAAAGAAGAAAUCUAAAAAGCAUCGCCACCAAUCAGUGAGUUCCGACAGCUCGGAAUGUGAGAGUGCCUCCUCUGGUGACAGACAUCCUAACAGACACUCACAUAAACACCGUCGUACAUCGAAGGACAGUAAGAGGUCAGAGAAGCAUCACCCCCACAGAUCGCCUGGUUCAGAUUCAUCAGAUAAUGGAUCUGUUAGAGAUAGACGCUCCCACAAACACCCACAUAAACGCUCGCAUAUGUCAAGAGAAAGUAAGGAAAAACUGCCUACUCGGCAUCGCAGGUCACCUAGUACUGAUUUGACUGACUCUAGUGAUAGACACGAUCAUAAACACUACCAUACGUCCCCAGGCAAACAGGAUAGAAAAAGCAGGAAACGGCACAUAAGACAUCACUCUGAUGGUAGUGCAUCCAGUGAUGAAGACCGUUAUGGAUAUAAACACAGAGUCAGACACCGUCAGACAUCUAGAGAGAGACAUCCACAGUCACCUACGAAGCCUCAUCACCUCAGGGAUGGGCAGAGAAAGGAAAACUCUUCCAGACAUGGAAAACAGAGACGUGACUCACAUCACGAAGGCCAAAGUUGUGAUGGACAAGGGCAUUCAAAAUCCACACACAGGUAAAUUUGCUCAGACCAGCCUUAUGUUGAGGGGACAAUUUUCUUGUUAGUAAAUUUUUUACUGAAUUAUGGACAAAAAUUUGUCUUCUUUUCGAAUUUGUACUCACAACGAGGGUUGUUUUACACAACAGCGGUACAUGUAGACUAGGUUCAUGCACCAGCAUGUAUAUCCACCUUGAGCAGAAGCACCCCCUCGUUGGUUGAAAUGAGCCAUGUGGGUCAGGAGAGUUCAUUUUGUUGGUACCAAUGCGACUGGAGUGCAUGCACUUCACGGUCGCUUGUGAACCAGUUAAGUGUAUUUCCCACCAAAGAAGCCUCUGUUGCUUUAAAAAUAGCUCAGGGCCGUACAUUCAGCAAAAUGUGGUCUUCCAACAGCUUUGCACAGGGCCCGGUUUAAAAAACUG